GCCAUAUUCAAACCGACUUCUCAGUUUCCGGUUUCCAGAAAGCAUUUGGCUGGCUUGUCAAACCAGUUACCAGCCCCGUCAGUCGCGGUCAAACUUGACCUGCAGCCUCAACUCAACAAGUAUGAUGUUGAUGGUCUAGAUACUGGCACAAACCCAAGUCUCCCCCGACGAAACAUAUUGACCAGGGUGUUGUUAACUCUGAAGAUACGUGACAGGGACCUUUGGGGCAGGUCAUCUCAAGACGCAUUACCAUCAUGGCCCCCGACCGAGGCGACAGUCCAAACUGCGAGCUCUUGCCAUCCGAACAAGAUGCCAACGCCACUUCAUAUCCUCGGAUCGAGGGUGAAAGCUUCACUAUCCGUGGCGUCGCUGUUGGUCUCCUAGUUGGCCUAGUCAUCUGCUUCUCCAACAUGUACUUCGGGUUGCAGACGGGCUGGGUGAGCACCAUGACCUUACCGGCCUCUCUUGUCGGGUUCGGCGUUUUCCAAGCUCUUUCCCGGCAUCUCAGCUUCCCAUUCAGCCCCGUGGAGAAUGUGCUGGUGCAAAGCGUUGCCGGAAGUAUGGCUAUCAUGCCUCUGGGGUGUGGUUUUGUCGGAGUGCUACCCGCAAUGAAUUAUAUUCUGGCGAAGGAAGAGCAAGGCCCGAUAUCUCUAAGCCUGUGGCAGUUGAUCGUCUGGGCCCUAGGCCUAUGUUAUUUCGGCGUCGUCUUUGCCGUGCCACUGCGACGACAGGUCAUUAUUCGGGAGAAGCUACGAUUCCCCAGUGGCUAUAGCACGGCUGUUUUGGUCAGUGUUCUUCAUGGGCAGACACGGGCUCCGGGUUCUGAUGGGACGACUGCGGCAUCGUCUGGGGAUUUUGCGAGUCUCGUUCCAGUCCCAGUGUCUACCUCUCCAGAUGUCACCGCGUCGAGGGAGGACCGCAGCAGCGGCGAAGAUGACCCUGAACGUUACGGCGAGGCGCCAGAAGAGGCGCGCCUCCGUGAUUGGGCGAAGAACGUGCGCCUUCUGCUUAUUUGCUUCCUUUUUUCUGCGUUUUACACGCUUUGCACCUACUUCCUCCCACGGCUACGAAGUCUCCCGAUAUUGGGCCGUGCUGCGGCGCACACGUGGCUUUGGACUCUGAAUCCAAGCCCUGCGUAUAUCGGCCAGGGCAUUAUCAUGGGCCCCGAAACCACGCUGCACAUGCUUCUUGGCGCCAUCAUCGGCUGGGGUGUCCUGUCCCCGCUUGCAAAACAUCGAGGAUGGGCGCCUGGCCCCAUAGGUGACUGGGAAAGCGGGAGCAAAGGCUGGAUUGUGUGGGUGUCGUUGGCCAUCAUGCUGGCGGAUGCUUUUAUGAACCUCGGCCAUCUCAUUCUUCGCUCGCUGUGGCCCAGGAUUCAACUAUCGAUUCGAACGAACUCCAAGGCAAACCCCCCUCCAGGAUACUCUGCCAUCCGAACAGACGAUGAUCACUCUACCGGAAACGCAUAUAGAGACGAGGGACGGAGUUCUGCUCUCGGUAGGGAUAGCCCACGCGAAUCCCUGGAUGCAGACUCUCCGCUUCUCCGUGGACAACCCCCUCCCGGCAAGGUCGACAUUGCGCCAGUGGAUGACGCUCCAGCUGAACAACAAGUUGGAAAUACAACCGUGGGAACUGGCUUGAUUGCCUCGAUUCUACUGUGCAUCAUGACAGUCCGGUUUGUCUUUGGGGAGCUCGUGCCGCUAUAUGCAACUGUCAUCGCCGUGAUGCUCGCACUUCUUCUGAGCAUAAUGGGCGUGAGGGCGUUGGGAGAAACGGAUCUCAACCCCGUUUCUGGGAUCAGUAAACUUGCACAAGUCUUCUUUGCCUUGAUCAUUCCCCAGUCUCACCAGUCGGGAGUUAUUGUCAACCUAGUAGCUGGGGCCAUUUCCGAAGCCGGCGCUUUGCAAGCCGGAGAGUUGAUGCAAGACCUGAAGACAGGCCAUCUCCUAGGCGCGGCACCUGCGGCACAGUUCUGGGGGCAGAUCAUAGGCGCGACCGUGGGCGCUGUGGUUAGCGCCUUCGUCUAUAAGCUUUAUACUGCAGUCUAUCCGAUUCCAGGCGAUUUGUUUCAAAUCCCCACUGCCUACGUUUGGAUCUUUACAGCGAGGCUUGUGACCGGCAAGGGUCUACCCAUCAUGGCGAAAGAAUGGUCUCUCGGUUUCGGGAUCUUGUUUGCCUUUACGACUAUAAUUAGAGCGACAAGGCCAGGGGUAAGAUGGAGGCCUUUGGUUCCUGGCGGCAUUGCCGUUGCAAUUGGCAUGUACAACGUCCCGUCCUUUACCCUUGCGCGAACAAUGGGUGGUCUCCUUGCUUGGUACUGGUCGUCUUGGAGAGGACCGGCUCGGACGAACACACCGCUCAUCAUCCUGGCGUCGGGGUUCAUUCUUGGGGAAGGCUUCUUCAGCGUCGUGAACUUGAUUCUUCAGAGCGCGAGUGUGCCUCAUUUCACGUAAGAGCAGAGCCGCUACAUCGCCGCUACAUUUUCAUCGAUAGUUCUGCAUAUUAUACAUGGACGAAUGCCAGCUUAGAUACCCUAACUUCAACUUACCACCACUUUGCACUUUGAUUACUUUGGCUACGAUCCUGGUUGCUGUGUCCUGUGUGUUGUUGCUAUGGCUUGAUAAUCUUAUAUGUACACAGGCGGUUCUCCCUCUCGAUAACUACCUUACCUGGGGUGGGUACUUGAGAACUUCGAACAGGCCCAGAAGCACGCACGGUGAGGGACUGUUAAACAAUGAAUAAACGUAUUCUUGUGUAUAUAGAUAAAGACGGAGUUUCUUGUGUCAUCGAGCAUCC